AUGGGAGAUAUUGACACCCAGAAGAUGGCCUCUCUGGACUUGGACACCAACAGCAGCGACGAUUUUGUGGACCCAUGGAAUGUGCACACAAGUUCCGCCACAGGCAUCGACUACGCCAAACUCAUUGUUCGUUUUGGCAGCAGUAAAAUCGAUGAUGAGUUGGUUGCAAGGAUUGAGAAGGUAACAGGCAAACCUGCACAUCAUUUCCUGAAGCGUGGUAUAUUCUUCUCGCAUAGAGAAAUGAACAGAAUUUUAGAUCUGUAUGAGCAGAAGAAGCCAUUUUACCUCUACACUGGACGAGGACCUUCUUCAGAAGCCAUGCAUUUGGGACAUCUUGUACCUUUUGUGUUCACAAAGUGGCUGCAGGAAACAUUUGAUGUGCCCCUGGUGAUACAGAUGACUGACGAUGAGAAGUAUCUAUGGAAAGACCUGACCAUCGAAGAGGUGCAGAGGGUGGCUCUGGAGAAUGUCAAAGACAUCAUCUCUCUGGGUUUUGAUAUUGAGAAGACAUUUAUAUUCUGUGAUUUCACAUAUAUUGGACAAUGUCCAGACUUCUACAGAACAAUCAUCAAGAUCCAGAAGCAUGUGACCUUUAACCAGGUCAAAGGUAUCUUCGGUUUCGGGGAAAGUGACAACAUCGGUAAGAUUGCAUUCCCAGCAGUGCAGGCAGCCCCCAGCUUCAGUUCCGCCUUCCCUCAGAUCUUUAACGGAAAGAAGGAUCUGCCUUGUCUUAUACCCUGUGCCAUUGAUCAGGACCCAUAUUUUAGAAUGACCAGGGAUGUUGCUCCACGUCUGAACCUGCAGAAACCGGCUCUGAUACACUCCGUAUUUUUCCCCGCCCUGCAAGGAGCCACAUCCAAGAUGUCUGCCAGUGAUCCAAACUCCUCGAUUUUUCUCACAGACACCCCCUCACAGAUCAAAAACAAGGUAAACAAAUAUGCAUUCUCUGGAGGACAAGCCACAGUGGAGGAACACAAGGAGAAGGGCGGCAAUUGUGAUGUUGAUGUUUCUUUCCAGUAUCUUCGCUUCUUCCUAGAGGAUGAUGAGAAACUGGAGAAGAUCAGGAAGGAUUACAGCAGUGGUGAGCUACUAACAGGCUUUUUGAAGAAGGAACUGAUCACAGUUCUCCAAGAAAUUGUCCAGCAGAUCCAGGAGAGGAGAAAGACUGUCACUGACGAGAUUGCCCAUCAAUUUAUGGCACCCAGAAAGCUCAAGUUUGACUAUUGA